UUUGUAUGAAAGAAAGUUUUUAAAUUUUAUUUUAAUGACCAGACUGUUGCCCAUCAAGCGAAAGACAGAAAUGCAGCAAAAUGAAAGACUUUUGAAAAAAUAUCUGAUUGAAUGCAUCUGAGGCUGCAGAAUCAAAUCUGAUCUGCCUGCUGCCGUAACUCCACCACGCAAUAGCAGCAGCAGCAGCAGCAAUGGCAGCCGGGCGGUGAGACAUAUGUCACAACAGUCUGUGAGCCGAAAAACAUUUUCGCCUGGGCCGAGAGACGACACAUAAACAAAAUGUCUCGCCACAGAAAUGUCCGAGGUUACAACUACGAUGAAGAUUUUGAGGAUGAUGACAUGUAUGGACAGUCCGUGGAUGAUGACUACUGCUGUAUAUCACCAGCAACAGCAAAUCAGUUCAUCUACUCACGUCAAGAGAGGCAAGCACCAAAGGAGGAGCCUUUAGAAGAGGAAGAAUAUGAAGAUGAAGAUGUUCCUAUGUCUCCUACCAUCAGCCACAACCUUGACCCUCUUGAUCAAGCCAAGCUGUAUUCUUGUCUGGACCAUAUGCGGACAGUGCUUGGAGAUGCAGUACCAGACUCAGUCCUGAGCCAGGCAGCCAUAAGAUAUGGAUUCGACCCACAGAGGGCACUGGAUGCAGUCCUGUCUGAAGACACUAAAACAGCCCCAGUUAAAAGAAGUACAAAUGAGGAGACAGCAUCAGUAGCAAGAGUUAGCCAGGAGAAAGCGCCACUUCCACAAAGAACCAAACGAGAGGCUGUGAAGGCUGAGAAAGGAGCCUGCUUGUCUGCUUCUCACACUGACAUUACAUCCGAGGCACAUAACCCCCAGUCUGAUGGGUGCAAACUUGCGCAGCCAUGUGUACCAGCAAGUGCACCACACUUGCAUGACCUCUUAUCUCAACAUAAGGAGAAUCUAGUGGUUAGCAGCUCUGAAAAUCAAAAUGUUAUCCGUCAAAAUGUUGGUUCAGGUGUUAGCAGUCUGGCACAGUUAAUGUCUGAGCAUGACCAGAAGAGUAAGGUGCCAGCAGAAGUGAAGACAGGGCGAGGUUUGGGUGUUCCCUCAUUAAGUGCUCUCACCAUAGGACCUAAUUCACCUCCAUCCAUUAUGUCUAUUCCAAAUAGUCUUUCAUUGGGAACGUUGGCGUCUUUAAAUAUGUCUUCAGCAUCUCACAACUCAGCUUCCUCCCUCCUUUCAGCUUCACUUAGUAGUCUGUCAGUAAACGACCCUAAACUAACAACCGCAAGUUCCGAUCUGGCUGCUUCUCCUGGAUUCGGCAGUCUCAGUCCCGUCGUCCAGAGCAAUCAGCUCUUCGUGGGAAUAGGGACUGGAGGCAAAGCCACAGUGGCUGAUCCUAAGGGAAGCCCAUCAUUGGCUGAUUUAAUCCAGGAACACUCAAACCACAGCCCAACUAUAAGUAACUCUUUCCCUUCUCCCCAUAGUAGCAUAGUUUCUCUAAAGUGUCAGGGUAUGGCUGCACCAGCGCAAACUCUCUCACUGUCUGAGCUAGUUUCACAGCACCAAAACAGGAGUACACUCAUUCAGUCUCAAUCACAGAGCGCUGAACUACCACCAGACACACUUACCUUUUCUAAACCAACUAGCAUUACUCCUACAUUCCUGGGUGGGACUGUCUCACUGUCGCAGCUAGCCUCGCAGCAUCAAACCAACACCCCCUUAGCUUCCCCUCAACCUGUCAGCACUGAAUCUCCUGCAAAUGCACUGAAACAACCCCCUGUCCUCUCUGAGCUGCUCUGUUUGUCACAUUUGGCUUCUGAACACAAAGGCAAAACCUCAGCCACCUCAUAUGGGUCGCAGUACUCCCUCACCUCGCUCCUUUCACCAGCAAAACCAGAGAGGGUGGGUGUGUCAGCAGAAAGUACUUUAGAAGGUGGCAAGAAGUGUAAGAUCGACCACAGACCAUACCACCAGAACUCCGGGCCACCUAAGCCAGGCCAGACUAUUGAUUUGAGUGCACUCAUGGCCCAGUCACAUGGAGCGGCCCCUCGUUACUUCGACAAUGACAUUCCCUCACUGUCCUGUCUAGCUCCAAUUGCCUUGGGGCUGGAUUCUUCUGUUUUUGCAACACCUUCAGUAUUUGCGAUUACUCUGUCGACUCAGAGCCGUAGACAACGGAGGGGGACGAGGAAUGUGUUGAAGGGAAAAAUAAGAGGUCCGUGGACAGGAAGUGGUUACCAGGCCUUCCUCUGUAAAUCGCAGGACAAGUCCAAAGAGCAUCUUACCCCACUUUCACCAAUUGUACCAUUUCGCUUCGACACACCGUCACCUGAUGACAUCGUCCGUGCUAAUCAGCGAAAAGCUUUCACCAGGUAGACAAGAUGAAAUAAAAAGAACUUAAUUCAGUUGCAUCCAGGUUGGUGCUAAAUUGACUCACGUGGGCUGAGAACCUCAGAUCUUUCUGGUGGCCUUUGCCUUUUGCAACUGAGCUAAACUCAAAGAGAUAAAGCACUCAGGGUCAUCAGUCCUUAUGAGUCUUUUUAACUACUGUGUCUCACAAUCAGUCAUGUGGAGUGAAGAAACUUUUGGGACCAACAAUACGACAAAAUGAUGUACUCACUGCUGAUCACUGCUAAAAAAACAGACUGCUACAAACCGUAUUCUCACAGCAUGCAUAUAUUUUUUUUUUUUAUAGAGGAAAAGAGACAAAUCUUAUGUUGCUACUACAUACAGAACAGUUAUGUUUUAGUGGAUUUAAAAAAAAAAAAGAAAAAAAAAGAAAAGAACUACUCAGAACCACUCUGGCAGCUUGAAAUUAAUUGCAGCUAAUAUUUCAAAGGAUUUUUAGAACUUUUUUUCCUCAUUUACUGUAGUACUGUAGUAACUCUAUAUUUUAAAUUUUGAGUCUUAUUUUUGUAUGCUUAGAUGGCCAUUGGCUUUUUAAUUUUUGUAUCACAGUAAAGUAGUUUUAAUCUUUGCCAGGGAAAAUUAAAGUAUAACUCUUCUGGCAUGGCCUCUUUUUUUUUUUUUUCUUUUUUUUUUUCUUCUUCUUCUUUCUUCAGCUUUGAGCUGCAUGAACCCCCAAAAGUAAAAAAGAGGUUGAUUUUGUUUGCAGGUGUGCUGCAGCUAUUGGAAUAUGGAUCAGUUAACCAUUGUGCUGGUUUACUGCUGCUUGUGUUUGAGAUCAUUGGGUUGACUUUUUGUUUUAGAGGACACCUGGAGAUUUUCCCAUGAGAGAACAAGAAUACACGCGCACAUGCACGUGCGUACAGACACACAUGCAUAGACAAGUGAACACUUUUUAAUGUUUGAUAUUGACAAAAUGAGCUUAAUAUGAAUGCAAGCACUGUGAAUAAAGAGUUUACAUAAUAAGUCAAAAUGAAUGCCUUCAGACCUGACGUAAAGUUUUUUUUUUUUUUCCUUUCUCUUAUAAACUUUUAAUAUUUCCAUGUACGGAUGGGUUUGAUUUACACUGAAUGUGUCAUCACUUGCUGCCAGAGGUUGAUUUGUUAAUAUUGAAAUAAAGAUGACUGAAUUUAUUUACACUGAGUGCGCCUGUGUCUGGGCGUGUCCCUCUGGUUGUGUAUGGGUGUGCACGUGUGUGUCUGGGUGUAAAAACAUAGUUUCAGCACUAUUCCUCACUUGUUGCAAUCUAAUAUAUGUAUAUUUCCUUAAUAUGUAUGGCACCUGUUCAUUCAGAAUAAGUCUAUACUUAGUUGGCAUCAAGGUAAAAUUAUUUAGGGGUUGAGUAGAGAGCAUGUCUAUUUUCAAAGUGAUAUUUUUACGAAAGAAACUGCAUUAUGUAUCCGGUGCAGUGUAUGCACUUUUAAUGCUAGGCCAAAGUUUCUUAAGUCAUUGCACAUUUUUUGGUGUGAGUCAUUGGUAUUGAUUUGAAUGGAGAAUCUUGCAGUUAAAGAAGUGAAUAUUAAUAACUUAAGAUUGAACAAGGACUACAUCAGGGCUUCAUCAUGCAGGAACAGCAGUAACUGUAACUGCUGUUCAGUUAAAAAUUGGUGAUCUUAACAGGGGAAGAAGAAAAGAGCAUAUGUCAAACUUUUCUAAUGGUGGAGCCAUUUUCUUUCACUGCAUUAUUGUUGUGUUGAGAACACUGUUUGAGUGAAGUGGUAGCAUUUGGGUUGGAUGGGUGUAAACUUUAUACAGGUGCAGAAAGUUGAGUGAACUGGACCCUCAGGGUGUCAAACACAGACUGGAGACCCUGAGGGAAAUUAUACAUAAUAAAGGGCAGACAGUGGUAAUAAUGACAAGUCAAACAUUAGAAGUCAAACAGGUUUCUCAGAGUAGUCUUGGGAGCAUUAUGAUGUUUGGAAUUAAUUAGGUGUAAUAGGGAUGCUGCGGUCUGUUUUUAUGAGAAUGAAGAUAUGACCUACAGUUUUUUUGUUGUUGUUUUUUUUGUUUUUUUUAGAUAUUGCACAAAGAAAAUCUAGAAAUGAGCAUGCACCUUAUUAAGAAAGGGGUUUGUCCAUAAACUGUUUUGUCCUUUUCUCUUAAGGCGAGCCAGUGUGUGGGUUUGAGCAGGAAGCUGCAGUCUUGGAGAAAAUGUCACCCCGAGCGCAUAUCGACUCGGCACAGCAGCCGAUCAUAUUACUCUCUGUGUCUCUUUUACACCACCUACGUAGGAAAAUCUGAUCAAGUCUCUCAACUUUCACAGCUUUGUCAGAUCAAAUCAUUUUGUGUCUUUAGAGGCUCUGCAUUUCUGCAAGUACUUGUUGCACAAACAUUGUUUUGUUGUGAUGAGGUGACAACACCGGAAAAUACCAUUUUACUCACAGCUAGUGGUCAAAAGAAAGUGGGCGCAUAUGGACAUACAUGGCUUCAGUAUGACUGCUUUGUUGUGGUGCAGUAUGUUUACAAGAAAAAAAUGCAAAGAAGACAUAUAGCUCUUUAUCUAAUUGGAAAAAGCUUCAUAUUACAAGAAAUUUGUAGCAGGCAUUCACAUUGGCUUCAGAAAUCAUUUAUUAUUCGCUUUUCGUGCUGUUGUGGCUUGAACUGAAAAACCUUUAUAGUACUUUUUGUGCAAAUUAAUAAUCAAAAGCACAGAAGUAUCUUAUUUAGAUGCUUAUUAAACCAUCACUCACUUUGUAGAGGCACAUGGUCUAGCUGUGGCUUUUCUUGCAUAUGCUUGUAUUAACGACUCGAUGGAUUUUCAUUAAGAUUCAAAUGUCACGCUUCGCUUUGCCUCUCUGUGUCUGUGUUCCAAAUCACUUUCUUGUUCACUCAUUCACUUUCCCCUAUGGUAGUAAAAACUCAAUAUGUAGUAGUAGGUUGCAGUUACAAAUAGUAAAUUCAUAUUUUGGUGACUUUCUAAAUCAUUUUCACCUUACACCAUCACUUGCAGGUCGUGACACAUAAAGUUAAGUUACACAUCUAGCCAUGGCUUAGCAAUGAAUUUAGAGAUCUGGGGACUAUAUGAAAUAACUUAUUACAUUUUUCUCCCACGAUUUGUAGGGAAACUUUUUUAUUAAAGAUAUUGCAGCUUUUUGACUACAUCAAGACAGACUAUAUGAUCCUAACACAGCACAACAGUAUGGGCGCAAGUUAUAUUGAAGCCUUGCCCAGAAAAUAUUGAAGCCUUGUCCAGAGAAUCCGAUGCUGUCCCUUGUCCAGAAAAAUCCAAAUACUGAAGUCAAAAUAUUGAAGCCUUGUCCAGAAAAACUGACACUGUCUAUUGUUCUCCUCUAAACUCCAAAGGGUAAGAUCCUCUGAGCAGCAGGGAUUUUCUGAUAUUUUCUUGUUGCUGAGUCAUGGAGGUAUGACUCAAAAUUGAGAUUUUAAGAGGACUAAUCUUGCAGCCCUACUGUCCAUGAGGAUUUGCUGGUAUGAUCACCGUGCCUCAUGGGGAAUGUAGUUAGAUGGUCGAUAAAACUGUACUGAUUUUCCACAAUACAGAUGGCUUUGCUCGAUAGCUCAAGAGUUAAUGUUUAUUGAUACGUAUGGCAGAAUCUUUUGCCUUUUACACCGUGUUUUUUGCUUCUUUGGACACCCUGGAUGUGUAGUCAUGUUGGUCACUCAAAAAAGCCACCAAUCGACUCUAAGUUAAGCAGGAGAGCACUGAAGGGAGACUUGAUGCAACAUAGAGUAUCACGUAAAAUAGGUUGACUUGUUUAACAAUUUUGAUGAACGCUGUAAAUCCAAACAUACCUUGAGGUGAUAGGUUAUUGUGCUGAAGGCGAGACAUUAAUGUCACUAUAGUUCUGUUUUGAAAGACUGUUGUGUCUGUAAACACAACAGUAGGUGAGAGUUCUCAGGUAGUUGGUAUGACUCAAGUUGAAUGUCUGCUGAGUAGGUGGUUGUACAGGAUGAGGACAUAAAUCUCAUGAACUGUUAAAGGGUGGUACUGACAUCCCUGAGUGUAUGUGUCUGAGUGUGACUCAUCCUAAAAGUGGUCAAAUGGGUCCUACUCUGAGCUUUCC